CAACAGGGUCCCAAGGUUGUAAAGACCACGUACGUGUUGAGGAAAAACCUCCCCACCCCUUGGCACAGGGCUGAGCAAGCACACCGACACCCCCUCCCCAAAAAGGACUCGGCAACGAGCGAAUUAAAAACGAUGCAGGGCAAUAUAGCACAAGCACUCCCGCCCUGGCAAGUGACGCGCGCUGUCCUUGGCUGGUUGGAAGAAGACGUACCUAGCAUGGAUAUCGGUGGCUUUGUUGUGGGUGAAACGCCUACGACCGCGCUCCUCUACGGAAAAUCCAAAGGGAUCCUUUGUGGAAAAGUUUUUUUUGACGCGGUCUUUAAAGCGUUGGAUUGCACGGUGGAGUGGAUGGAAGGAAUGGAAGAUGGAGCGGUGUUGUCUCCUCCUGUACCCAGUAAAGCAACCACAUAUCCCAACCAGGGAAAGCAAGACGAGACUGACAGAGAGCAGUCUAUAAAGGUCCACGUGGCAACAGUCAAAGGCAAAGCACGCCAUAUUUUGCUUGGAGAACGCACGGCCUUGAAUAUUUUGACUAGGGCAAGUGGGAUCGCCACCAUCUCCCGGGCCUCGGUGGACAUUGGGCGUCGCGCAGGGUGGCAUGGGACCAUUGCGGGCACCCGCAAGACCACUCCCGGCUUUCGAAUGGUGGAAAAAUACGCCCUGUUGAUCGGAGGGGCGGCCACACACCGGCAGGAUUUGUCGCAGAUGGUCAUGCUCAAGGACAAUCACGUGUGGAGCACGGGGAGCAUCACCAAGGCCGUGAAAGCGGCGCGAGGGGUGGGUUCCUUUUCCAUCAAAAUAGAGGUCGAGUGCCAGACCUUGUCGCAAGCGCAGGAAGCGGGGGCCGCAGGGGCGGACGUGAUCAUGCUUGACAAUUUUGCCCCUCCUCAACUGAAAGAAACGGCUGCGCUCGUGAAAAGCCAGUACCCGCACGUAGUGAUAGAAGCCUCGGGAGGGAUCACCACCGAGACCCUGGAGGAAUAUUUUUCCCCUCAUGUGGAUGUGAUCAGUCGCGGGAGCUUGACCCAGGGCUAUCCGGCUUUGGAUUUCUCCUUGAAAAUUGUGCCGCUGGGUACGCGAUGAGGGAGGGAGGAGGGGAGGAGCGAGGGGUACAGGAAGAGAUCCGGCUUAAAUGCGACGCAAGCUGCGAAUUCCGGAGACGAGAGAAAUGUGCGAUGCCAC